CAGAUGACUCCGACAAGCCGAGAGUGCCCAAUGUUUUUGUUUACAAAUCAUUUGCAAAGCUGAUAUGAAAACUGAUAUUACCAUAGUUGAUGUCAUGUUACGAUGCUGAGAACAACAUUAGGGAUAAUCAAAAACAUCCCAGGAUUGAAGUCUCGUAACAGCGUUGCUGGAGCUCAGCUCUGGUACAUCCAGAGAUGUAGAAGGAUUCAUUUAUGCAAUCAGAAUUAUCUACAUCAUUAUCGGCGAUUGUGGCUGCAGAAUGCUGUCCGGCGAUCUGCAUCUAGCCGUUCCUCCUCGAAUAAAGGCGAUGACCAACCAUGUUAUCCACUAGAGCUGGACCCACCACCAGCAUAUAUUCAAGAAAGGAUUCAGUUGUUUGACAGAUUGAAGUCAGAAUAUGAGGCCAAAAUUGCAGCCCAAGAGAACACUCCAAUCAAGAUUACUCUUCCUGACGGCAAGGUUGUUGAGGGUUUGGCUUGGAAAACCACACCAUAUGAAAUAGCUUGUUCUAUCAGCCAAGGCUUGGCAGAUAAUACAGUAGUUGCAAAGGUCAAUGGUGAAGUGUUUGACUUGGAUAGAGUCCUAGAGGGUGAUUGUACUCUAAAGUUCUUGAAGUUUGAUGAUCCUGAAGGACAAGCAGUCUUCUGGCAUUCCAGUGCGCAUAUUCUUGGUGAAGCCAUGGAACGGCACUAUGGGGGCUGUCUCUGUUAUGGUCCACCAAUAGAAGAGGGAUACUUCUAUGAUAUGCAUCUGGACGGCAGGCAAGUCUCAUCCAAUGAUUUCCCUUCUCUUGACACUCUCACCAAGUCAAUAACAAAAGAAAAACAACCAUUUGAACGACUAGAAAUGAAAAAAGAAGAUUUAUUUGAAAUGUUCAAGUACAACRAAUUCAAAUGCAGAAUCUUGAGAGAAAAAGUCAAUACUCCAACUACUACUGUCUAUAGAUGUGGUCCGCUGAUUGACUUGUGUCGAGGUCCACAUGUCAGACAUACUGGUAAAAUAAAGUCAAUGGCUGUCACUAAGAAUUCCGCUACUUAUUGGGAAGGUAAUUGUGAAGCAGAAUCUCUACAGAGAAUCUAUGGAGUUUCGUUUCCUAAUGAUAAACAGAUGAAAGAAUGGAAAAAAUUCCAGGAGGAAGCUGCAAAGAGAGACCACAGGAAGAUUGGAAGGGAUCAAGAACUUUUCUUCUUCCAUGAUCUAAGUCCUGGCAGCUGUUUCUUCUUACCUAAGGGAGCACACAUCUACAAUACUCUUAUCAAUUUCAUCAAGGAGGAGUACAGGAAAAGAGGAUUUCAAGAGGUUGUCUCUCCCAAUAUCUACAGCACCAAGUUAUGGGAGACUUCAGGACACUGGCAACACUACAAGGAACACAUGUUCUCAUUUGAAGUUGAAAAGGAGCGCUAUGCCCUCAAGCCCAUGAACUGCCCUGGCCAUUGUGUGAUGUUUGACCAUCGUCCUCGCUCCUGGCGGGAGUUACCCUUGAGAAUGGCAGACUUUGGUGUUCUUCAUCGUAAUGAGUUGUCUGGUACUCUAAGUGGUCUAACAAGGGUACGACGAUUUCAGCAAGAUGAUGCUCAUAUCUUCUGUACUGCAGACCAGAUUGGAGAAGAGAUAGUUGGCUGCCUAGAUUUCCUCAGGCAUGUCUAUGGUAUUUUUGGCUUCACUUUUAAACUGAAUCUUUCCACCAGACCAGAUAAAUACAUGGGAAAACUAGAACUGUGGAAUGAUGCGGAGAAGGAGCUAGAAGCAGCAUUGAAUAACUUUGGUUUACCAUGGGUAUUAAAUCCUGGUGAUGGUGCAUUUUAUGGCCCUAAGAUCGAUAUCCAGAUUCAAGAUGCGUUGCGUCGUUAUCAUCAGUGUGCUACAAUCCAACUGGACUUCCAGCUGCCUGAGAGAUUCAACUUACACUAUGUCACUGGUGAAGGUGAUGAGAAGAAGCGACCAGUAAUCGUUCAUCGUGCUAUUUUAGGCUCUGUUGAAAGAAUGAUUGCUAUUCUGACUGAAAACUUUGGUGGCAAAUGGCCAUUCUGGUUGUCCCCAAGACAAUCUAUUGUUAUUCCAGUUGGACCUAAAUAUGAUGAAUAUGCUCAAAAGGUCAAGGACCAGAUAUUUGCUGCAGGAUUUCUAGCAGAUGCUGAUCUUGACCACGGCACCACACUAAACAAGAAAGUAAGAAAUGCCCAACUGGCUCAGUACAACUUCAUAUUUGUUGUUGGUGAGAAAGAAGCCACGUCUAACACAGUCAAUGUUCGUACUCGUGACAACAUCGUACAUGGUGAAAAAACCAUUGAGGAGGUCAUCAACAGGUUUUCUGUCCUCGUUAACGAACGCACUAGAGAAAGUGAAGAAAAAUUUUAAGAAAGAUUUGAAAUGCGCAGACAAUCCCCCUCUUUGCUUCCAAUAUUAGUCCAUCAAGCUGCACCAGUGAAAGGUUCCUACUAAUCACGUUUACUUUGAUUGACAGUAAUCCACAAUUCAUUGAAAACAAGCUUCAAUAAAUUUAGAAAAUUUUCAUGUUUUUUUUUUU